CUUUGAGUGCAGAUGCCGCAUUAUUGUGAUCAUACUCAAUGGAUCCUUUUGUUUUGAGCUAAGUUUUUUUGUACAUGUAGUCGAGUAUCGCAGAGUCAUGUAAUAAAAGUUUUCGUGGAUUCCCCGACCGCUUUAUGCGAACGGUCCAGUCAGUGAGGCAGCGAGUCAACUAUUCGCGUUUGGAAAGUCGAUCAAACAAUACGUAGUUACAGUGCGGCUCGCGUUACGUUCUCGUGUGCUUUUCGUCAUUUCCAGUGUUGGUAAAUUGUGUGCUUUAAAUUAAUUAUCAAAAGGUUCAAGGAAUAUAUAGCAGAAGAUGCCGUGUAACUGUAAGGUGGAAGAGUCGAGUGCAUCAUCACCACAUCAGAACGGAUGCGAGAUGAGCGCUCGGGGCGCGCCAGGGCAGAAUGGCCACAGCGCUCAUCGGAAACUGUUCCAAGAUAAUGGUCGGGAAGAAGUAAGGGACAGCAUCGGUGACGAACCAGUAGACCGAGACACUGUUAGGUACCCUGAUGGCACAGUGCGCCUACGAAACCCGAACAUCGAACUAAUGGACCAAGACAUAUUAUACCACUUGGCACUCGGUAGCGGCUCUCACGAUCUCGUUGAAAUGUUCGGAGAUGUUAAGUUUGUAUGCAUGGGAGGUACCCCGAAGCGGAUGGAGCAAUUCGCGUACACGAUCAUGGCGGAGAUUGGACACAAGCUGCCGUGCGGGACCACUCUGCAGGACAUCAGCCAGUUCUCCUACAGAUACUCUAUGUACAAAGUGGGGCCUGUGCUCUGUAUCAGCCACGGAAUGGGUAUACCGUCAGUGGGCAUCCUGCUUCACGAGGUGAUCAAGCUGAUGUACCACGCGAAGGUCCGGGAUCCCGUGUUCUUCAGGAUCGGCACGUGCGGCGGUAUCGGCUACGAGGGCGGUACUGUCGUCAUCUCCGAGGAGGCCGUUGAUGGCGCCCUCAGGAAUGUUCUAGAACUGACGGUGCUGGGCAAGAAUAUCCAAAGGCCCGCCAAGUUGGACAAGCGCCUUGCGCGCGAGUUGAAGGGGCUGGCCGAUCCCGAAGACCCGUACGACACUGUCACCGGGAAGACUAUGUGCACAUACGAUUUCUACGAAGGCCAGGGUCGGCUGGACGGAGCGUUCUGCGACUUCACAGAAGCUGACAAGAUGGAGUACUUGGAAAGCAUUCACAAGUCAGGCGUCGUCAACAUUGAGAUGGAGUCGCUCGCGUUCGCUGCGCUGACGCAUCACGCGGGCAUUAAGGCAGCGGUUAUCUGUGUCACGCUGCUAGAUAGGCUGAGGGGAGAUCAGGUAUUAGCUCCCAAGGAAGUUUUAGAUGAGUGGCAGCAAAGACCAACAAAGCUGGUUUGCCGUUACAUCAAAAGAUAUCUUCAGAUGAAGGGGCGCCUGUCCCUGGACGGGCAUGGGUCGAUUGCAGUGAAGAGCCCUCGCCGGUUCAAGCUGGUGCAGCAGGAGUCUGAGAACUACGACUAAGCGAGGCCGCGGUACUGCCCACCGUGGAGUCUUGUCGCACUGACCAUAUUGGGCUUGCACUGGUUGGAGCCAUCUGUGCCGAUCGCUCAAAUCUUUAUUAUUUUUGAAUUAGUUUCUAUUUUAUAUUUUUUUUACUCCGCAUCUUCAAAAACAUAUAUUUUUUCGACUACCUUUUGAAAGUUUACGAAUAAAUCUGGAUAUUUUAGGAAUGAUCGCUUUUGUCAAAAGUUUAGACUUGUGCAAAACAUUGUAAAAUAUUGAAAUCGAGGUAAGUUCUGAAAAGCUUCAUAAAAAAAAGCAUAAAGAAAGUUAAAUUCACAUCACACUGCCAAAUUUUAAAAUGUAUGUAGCUGGAUCAGAAGUGACAUAGGGGUAUAGGCAUAUUCUGCACCCCGACAAUUUCUUGACUGUUAUACUUCGCUAAAUUGUGGAAUUUUAUGGUAAUCUACUAAUUUAUGAAAUUUUUGACUUGCUGAACGAAAACGAAAUGUAGUAGAAUGUAUAUAGCGAUCAAUUGUGGCGAGACCGGCGUAUACCUAAGUAUAUUAUUAUUAUACCUAAUGGAUUUAUUUAUUAUGCAUGUUAUGAUAUAUUUAACUUUAAUAAAUACUCUUUGUGUUGACGGUAUUA